UGUCGAUAAGCAUGAAGGCUCGCCUCGGAGGUGAUCUUACAAUCAGCCCAAUGGCAACCAACGCAGCCUUCGGGUGCUUGUUCCCACCUUGCUGUCCCAGCACUGGUAUGACGGCGCCGGUCGGUUGACCUGCAACAUCCACGUUCUUGCAUCAUUUCCAAAACACUGGGGAGGAUUCAGCAUGUAUAAUAUGCCGCUGCCCUGGGUGCUCUUAAUCCAACGUCCCAAGACUUUCUGAUUGACAGUUUGCUGCCAUGUUGACCGACGAGAAGCGUGUUGACGACCAAAAGGUCGGCGCGCCUGGCGCCUCGACUCCAUCUGACUCUGACGUUGAGGUCGUUCCUGGUAUUAUCCACGAGAAAAAGUUACUGCGCAUCCUGGAUUUGAGAUUGCUUCCUGCAGUAUCGAUCUUGUACCUCCUUAGUUUCCUUGAUCGAAGCAACGUCGCCAAUGCGCGUAUCGAGGGACUUACCACCGAUUUGCACAUGACCGGUAACGAAUAUCUUACUGGUCUGACGCUUUACUUCAUCGGCUACGUUUUGUUCGAACUGCCAUGCAACAUCAUUCUGAAGAGGACUACACCUAAAUUCUGGCUGCCGACUCUGACGGUGGCUUGGGGAAUCGUCGCAACCCUCAUGGGUGUGACUCAUAACAAGGCCGGCUUCUUUGUUGUGCGCUUCUUCCUUGGUAUGACAGAGUCAGGUCUCUUUCCAGGUGUUGUAUACUAUCUGAGUAUGUGGUAUAAGCGCGAAGAACGACAAUACCGCAUUUCGCUCUUCUUCAGCUGUGCCUCUCUCGCUGGUGCAUUCGGUGGUAUCCUAGCUUGGGGUAUUAGCCACAUGCGCGGAGUUGGAAAUUACGCUGGUUGGCGCUGGAUUUUUAUUCUGGAAGGUCUACUUACCAUCGCAAUUGCAGUGGCUGCAUACUGGUUCAUCUCCAAUUAUCCGGACACUGUUUCUUGGCUGUCGAAAGAAGAACGCGCAUUCAUUCAAGCUAGGCUUAAAGCCGACAGCGACGCGACGAAUAAAGAGAAGUUUCAGUGGAGCGAUGUUGUGGAAGCUCUGAAAGACCCCAAAGUCUGGCUUUAUGGUGCUGGCUUCCACACCAUGAGUCUGCCUCUUUACACAUUGUCUCUUUUCUUGCCAACCAUCAUCCGUGAUAUGGGUUACACAUCUGCUCAAUCGCAACUGUUGACUAUCCCUCCAUACGCCAUAGCUACGAUCUUCACCAUCUUCUGGGCUAUAUGGUCAGAGAAGACCAAGAAACGCGGUCCCUUCAUUACCGCUACAUCUGCUUGUGCGGUCAUUGGAUAUAUUAUCCUCCUUGCAAACAAGAACCCCAAAGCUAGGCCUGGUGUGUCGUACGCGGGAACGUUUCUCGCAGCGAUCGGAAUCUACCCAUCAGUCGCUCUGGUACUCAGUUGGCCCGCCAUCAACGUAUCUGGACAGACUAAGCGUGCGACUGCCAACGCCAUGCAGAUCUCCAUUGGUAACCUCGGGGCCGUGUUGGGUACGCAGCUGUACAGGCCAAGCACGUCUCCUCGAUAUGUUCUAGGUCACAGUUUUGCGCUUGGCUACCUGGUAAUGAACAUUGCUGUAGUCAAUCUGCUGUGGUGGAGGCUGAAGCAGGAAAAUAAGCAGAAGCAGCAGUUCCUUGCUGAACACCCUGAGACGAACGGAUUCCACGACAGUGAGGAUGACCUGAAGCUCGGCGAUCGUCAUCCACGAUGGAUUUUCCAAGCUUAAGUUGACAAGAAAGGUG